AUGACGAGUCCGGGUCUGACCCAGGAAUAUCCUUCAUUGGACCCAGUCGACCAAGGAAUGUUAUUACUGGAAACCGCCGGUGCCCGUGAGGAUCCUUGGGAAUCUAGCCAAGCACUGUGUCGACAGGAACGCGAAGAGCAGAGGCGAAGGGAGAAGGAGGCGAAGCAGCUCGAGAAAGAUAGAUCCAAGGCGGAGAAAGAGGCACAACGCUCGUUUCAGAAGAAGGUUGCAGAAGUCAACCGAAAUGACGCUGUCAGAGAGAUUGAAGUCCACUUUUCGGCCGAUCUCGAGACUCCUUCGUCGCUGAUUGCUGGAGCUCUUCCGGAGAUCAAGACGAGACUCGACGACAAUCUAUGCAAAUGGUUCUUUGACAGUAGAGAAGACUCGCCACAUCCAGGCCUCAUUAGAUUCCGCAGACAUGUCAGAGCUCGCUGGGACAAUACGACGAAGCGAUUCUACCCCUUGGAUCAACCCAGAUGGGAAUGGGACAAAUCUGUGCUGGUUCUAUCCUCAGCAGAUGACCUCGUCGAUAUGAUCUCUCAAGGCGGUGACUAUCUGAAUACCUGGAUGGCGGAUCUUCGGAUGAUUGCCGGUCUCUCAGCAGACACCCAAAUUAUAUUGAUCAUCAAAGGCCUGGAGAAGUACUAUAGCAAGACCAAAACACUGGCCAAUCGCGAGUACACAGCUGCUGCUCGUGCUGGACUCCAGCCGGGGUCUAUCAGCACACAAAACGCGACAAUAACGCGGAUUGAAAGAGAUGCAGUCGUGGCUGCUCUGCUUGAACUACAGUUCGCGGAGAAAGCCUAUAUCGUGAAGGUUGAGAAGACAGAGGACAUCGAGGAUUGGAUCUGGAAUCUGGCAGCCGACAUUGCCGUUCGACCAUACAAGCUGUUAUCCAAAUCUCAUCUCUCAUUCGCACCACCGGAGCAUCUUCGCAAGGCGACAAACUCGACCGAUGCCCUUGAGCUCAUGCUUCAAGAGGUCUUGGGAAUUACCCCGUCUGCCGCCUCAGGAAUCGCCGCGAAGUAUCCCACUUUCGCGGAGCUCAUGACAGCCUUUGAACGUGCAGAGGCACGCGGAGGAUUGGCUAAGGCCGAAGCGUUGUUAGCAGACUGCGAGAUCAAGAAUCUGAGGAAUGGCACAGCAAGUGGUCGCAAAUUGAACAAGGCACUCGCAAAGAAAGUGUACCAGGCCUUCCGGGGAGAAGAUAGCCUCGCAUUGGCAUAA